AUGAUUAAACGACCAUUCAGAAUACGAACAACCUCGCUGAUACGCAAUCCUUGCCGUUACAAGAGUAGCAGAAUUCAUGAACUGGUUGCCAAUUACAAUUCGGAAAAGAAGUUUGCACAAGCUUUGAAACGGAAUGAGCGGCGAGUCAAAGAGUAUGAAAAUGCGAUUGAGGUAUCAAAACAAUACAAACAGCACCGAUCAAACAUAAUUGAGAUCCUUCAAGACGGCACCAAUGUUGAUGCAAUGUUUACCAAUGAUGCGGAAUGUGAAAUUACUAAUUAUAAAGACAUGUGUCAUAGUCUUGGAAAUCAAGGGUAUUUAACCUACAGCAAUGUUGAGAUGAGAAAUGCCAUUAUGUUAGUGGCCAACAUGUUGUUGGAAAGUGUGGCUAUAGAGUUGAAAUUAAGAAAUGUCAAAGUGGAUCACGAUAUUGAACAGUUUAUAAAUGAUAUCAAGGUGUCAAGCAACUUUAUCUCGUUGGAGCUGUACAGAGUGAAUUUCCAUUCGUACAAGUCGUCACAAUGGUUAAGUGCAUCGCAAAAGGAUGCUGGAUUGCAUCUAGGUUUACAUCAGCCCACAUUCAAGCUGAGCCAGUGCAAUGAUUCGGAAAUAAUACAAUCGCUAGAUGCUGUAUUCGAUCAGUACAUGCUAUCCCAUCCAUCAUCUGAUAAAGAUGUACCUCACAUUCGACUAGCUGUACAAAUCAUUAGAAUUCUACUAUCAUCUCACAACCACACACCCACAAUAAAGCUAUGGAUGUAUCUCCUUGAUAAAUUUGGUGAUUGCAAUUUACUAAACUACCAACAAGUUAUCUACUUGUCCUUGUUCCAAUAUAAACACCAACCAACCGUUCUUGCAGAUCCACCACCAAAUGCAGCAAACUCCAUAUUCGCCCCAUUAAUGGCGGAUCAUUUUGUCCAUUUAGUAGAAAAGCAUCCCGAUAUCCUCAUAUCUUUACUCAAAUAUCAAGUUUUACGAAAAGAUGAACGAAUGUUUUUAGAGUUGUUGUCGUUGUUAACCUUGGACAAAAUAGCACAGGAGAUGCAAGUCAUCAAAUCGCCCAUGUUAUCCAAAUCGAAAUACAAGUUGCCGAAAUACAUCCCCGGUGGACUCGACCUUGAUACCAGAUUAUUGACAAUAUCGCGUAAAUGCAUGUACCAAAUUAUGCAAAUGACGAUCGACUUGCAAUUGUACGAGUACCUCGACUUGCUAUUCAACAAAAUUGUCCUACAUUCGCGCGACAAGGAUCUGAUUGAGUUGAACUAUGUCGAGGAUGUGUUGGUUGAGGGUAAAGUGUUUGAUGCCGAGUUGUUGUCGAUUAUGUUGGAUGCUGCUGUAAAGUCGGAUGAUUUGGGUCGGGUUGUGUGGCUUUUGCCAUUUAUUGAUGAGUAUAUCGAGGAUGUAAUGGAGUUGUGUGGAAAUUUGCAGCUGCAGUUGUUGCAGACAUUACGGUUUUUCAAUCUUGAAGGUAAGUUGAAGAGCUACGAGGAGAUUUUUCGGGUGACUACACCACAUCACUCGCAAGAGUGA